AUGAUGGAGAAGGUGAAGCUCACCUCGUGGGGCUUUCCCGAAAAGAUCGUCGACUUCUACCGCCGCAAAGGAAUACACGAGUUCUUCGAGUGGCAAGUGCAAUGUCUGGACCUUCCGGGCGUUCUCGAUGGCCGCAACCUGGUGUACUCUGCGCCGACCAGCGCCGGCAAGACCAUGGUAAGCGACGUUCUGCUGUUCAAGACGCUGCUGGAACGAAAGAAGAAGGCCAUCAUCAUUCUGCCCUUUGUCUCCAUUGCCGUGGAAAAGGUCAACUCAAUGAAGCAGCUGCUCCGACGAAUGGGCAUCCGCAUUGACUCCUUUGCUGGCAACUCGAAUCCCCGUGGUGGCUUCGACCAGGUCGACGUGGCCGUCUGUACGAUUGAGAAGGCCAACAACAUGAUCAACAGACUCACCGAAGAGAACAAGCUCUCCGAAGUGGGCAUCGUCAUCGUUGACGAGCUGCACAUGAUCGGCGACGCCAAUCGCGGCUACCUGCUCGAAUUGCUGCUCUCCAAGCUGCUGUACAUCAACCGCAAGGACCGGGAGGCAGGCGGCGACACUGUGCUGCAGAUCGUCGGCAUGAGCGCCACCAUUCCCAAUCUGGCGGACAUUGCCCAGUGGAUAGACGGCGAGCUCUUCAUCACCGACUUCCGCCCGGUGCCGCUGUACCAGCGAAUCGUCUACAACGGCGAGGUUCGCCAGGUGGACGAGGUCGUCCUGCAGCAGCAGCAGCAGCAGCAACAGCCGGUCACUGAAGAGACCGCCCUGGUGCUGCACAGCAAACUGGCGCUGGCCGAGUUGGCCAUCAAGCAGGACGACGCGCCGCUGAUCUACUCGGCCAUUGAGACGCUGGUGGAGGGCUACUCCGCCCUGGUGUUCUGCUCGACGAAGGCGCUCUGCGAGCGCACCAGUCGCUCCAUCGCCGAGAACAUCUACGAGUUUGGCGCCGGGAAGAAGGCGGCCAGGGGGGAGCGCGUGGCGGCCAUCGGCCGCAAGCUGACGGAGACGCUGGACGGAAAGCGAAUUCUGGCGGUGAUACAGAGCCUGAAACGGACCGCCAUGGGCAUCGACCGGAACCUCGAGUCGGUGAUCCGCUUCGGGGUGGCCUUCCACCACGCCGGCCUCAGCACCGAAGAGCGAGCGAUCAUCGAGAAGGCCUUUCGCGACGGCACCAUUCGCAUUCUCUGCUCGACGACCACCCUUUCAGCGGGCGUCAACCUGCCCGCCCGUCGGGUGCUGAUCUCCACGCCGCUGGACUUCAAGGGCGCCAUGCUGGACACUACCUGCUACCGACAGAUGGUCGGCCGGGCGGGCCGGAAGGGCAUCGACAACCUGGGCGAGUCGAUGCUCUUCUGCCGAACGGCCGCCGAGUACCAGCGAGCGCUCAAGUGGCUCGUCUUUGCGGAUCUCUCGCCGGUCAAGUCCUGUCUGCUCGCCGUCUCGCAGCAGUCUAGUCAGCCGGAAACGACGACAACGACAGCGACGACAACCAAAACAGGUGAAGCAG